AUGACUACCAACAAAUUCUUUACGUGGACCAAGGGCGACCGGAAACAUGCCUCUGCUUCAUUGGUCCCUAUUCCAGCUGAAUGUAUCACAAUCAAGGGGUUAGAAUACAGCCGCAAUGCAAAGCACCGAAAGUCGGCGAGCGUCUCUGGUUCUAUGGGCAGCUCCAGGAACGGCAGUAGCCAGAGCGUUGUUGGAGAUGUUCAGCAUCCUAUGACACGAGAAACGGCCGAAGUCCAGGUGCGGCCUGGCUUCACCAACAUGCGUGAAACGAUGAAGCAGAUCGAUUUAAUGCGGUCUGCUCAUGAAUCUCACACGGCAUCUCUGAAAGAAGCCCACGAACGAGAACUUGAGUCGUAUCGUGCAUACAUCGCAUUGCUGGACCAGCAGUACUCGAUGGCAUCAUCUGCAAACGAUCAGCCGAGCCAUACUACUGUCCUCGAUGACCUUCACGCCAACAACCGGCGCUUGCGACUAUCACAAGACAGUAUAUCCAGCCGAUCUAUACAGUCGUCAGGCUCCACAUCAGAGCAUCAAAGGCAACAUCUCGAUGACACAUUUGUAGAAUUAGAGUCUGUCAGACGGAAGCUCAGCCUAUCUUUGAAGGCUCAAGCACAGCUGGGAGAGAUUCGACAAGAGCGCGAUCAGCUGAAAGACGCCACCGAGCGUAGCGAGAAGCGUAUCAUUCAACUCAAGGAUAUCGUUCGCAAAGCCAAGGACGGAGAGAAGGCUUCACGAGCCAUGAUUGGCACAUUGGAAGCAGCUCUCGAGUCAGCAAACAUGGCUAAGAUAGAUGCUUUAGAGGGCUUCUAUGAGGCAUGCGAACAGGCGCGAAGACUUUCUGACUGGCAGAAAUGUAUGCCGAAAGAGCGCAAUGAAUUACGGCGCCAGCUACAAGAGGCAAGCUCAGGACGUGCAGGCCAAGUGGAACGAGUCGUUGCUACCAGUGAAAUGGAGCAUCGAGUGGUUGAGAACGAACUUGUGCAGAAGCGGGCAACAUUGCGAAACGAUCCAUUGAUUCAACAGCUUGACGACUUGAGGCUACUCGUCGCCGAGAAAGAUGCAAGAAUUCAUGAAUUGGAAGGGGCACGGCUCCUGGCCGAACACGAAGGAAGUAAGAUCGGAUCAGAUCCAGAUGCGCCAGCAGAUAUAAGGGAGCAGCUCACGACUUGUAAGGCGCACUUGGAGCAAGCACGAGCGGAUCGCGAGAGAUUCGACGAGUUGCUGCACUCCGAGAUCCGACGUCAGUCUAAAAUUGCCGCUCAGAAAAUGCAUUCCGUCACCCCUCAAGUCACGCAAGAAGCGGCAAUUGCACUGACUGACCGUGUACGAAGAAUAUCAAAGCCAUCGGCAAUGCUCCAGGACUCAUCAAAUCGUCACACAUUGGAUGAGUCGAAAAUUCCCUUGCUUGAGCAGGAGCUGAAGCACUGCAUUCAGGAGAUCAUCAUGUACAAGCUGGACGUCAAAGGAUACAAGAAGGAUCUCAAAGCAGCGCAGGCCAGGCUCGAUGCGUUUGAAGCAGCCACAGGCCGCCCAGUGACUCCAGAUAGCCGCACAGGCCGACAGACCAACGCUCGCCGGCCAUCGGUAGCAGAAGGAACAAAUGAACCGCUCAAGGAAGCCGUCGUGAUCUCGGACGGUCUGGGCAUCUCCUUGCAGCAUGCCACCCCAGCAGGUGCAAUGGCGAGCGCUACUAUGAGCGCCUUGCUCUCGAUAACACCCACGCCGAAACCUACGAAUGCUCUUUCCAACUCGCCUUACCGACCCAAGACACCACUGGCAGCUCACAAGAAACUUCCCAAACCCCCACCACAAACCCCCAGUCCCCGUCUCCCCGCAGUAAUGCCAGACGUGAAUAUGAGCCGGGCGCAGAGACAGGAAACCCUUCGCUCCUUGUCGGACUCGAUCAUUUCCUCAUAUGCCAAACGAAGCCCACCAGAACCAAGAGCGGAAGGAUUGGCACCGACUCAGAUCAGAGGGAAGAGCUCAGAUCCUCCGAGAAGAGGAGGUGAGCAUGCGAAGAUUGGUGCGGAUUCUAUAGCCGUCGCGGUACCCAUAGCGAAGUAUUCUUCGGAGAUGUUGAGAACGCCACAGAAGACCAAGACUACGAUGCGAUCACAAUGA